AUGAAAGUCGCCGUGCGCUGGUCCGGGGGCGACCCGUCGACGUUUGAGGUCGACGUGAACGGCGACGCCACCGUGUGCGAGCUCAAACGCGCGAUCGAGCUUCGAACGUCGGUGAAAUCGUCUCGAGUCAAGCUGCUCAACGUCAGAGCCGGCGCUAAGUUGGCGUCGGACGAGGACACAUUGACAACGCUCAAGAUGCCAAAGACGGUGAUGAUGAUGGGCGUGCGCGAGAGCGCGCUGGCGGCGAUGCGAGAGAGUGAGGCGGUAGCGGAGGCGAACGCGCCGGAGUUGGAGGAUGACCUGGACGAGACGAGCUCGAGAGAAGUCGCGGCGUCUUGUGCGACGGAUGAACGCUUCUUGGCGAAAUUGAGAAAUCGAAUCGCGAGCGCAUCGAUGAAGGUGCUGAGGGAACCGCGGGUCGGGGCGAAAUGCUUGGUGUUGGACAUAGAUUACACUUUGUUCGAUCAUCGAACGACGGCGGAGACGCCAGAGGAGAUUAUGCGCCCGCACUUGCACGAGUUUCUCACGCGAGCGUACGAAGCAGGAUACGACUUGGUCAUCUGGUCCGCGACAUCACUCAAGUGGAUCGAGCUGAAGAUGACCGAGCUCGGAGUUUUGACCAGCGAGUCCUUCAAAGUCGUCGGUCUCAUUGACUCGACCGCGAUGAUAACAGUCGAGACAGCCAAGUACGGGUUGUUUAACUGCAAGCCGCUUGGAUUCUUGUUCGCGAAACUCCCUCAGUACACCCCCAAAAACACGCUGAUGUUUGACGAUUUAUCGAGAAACUUCGUCAUGAAUCCUCAGCUCGGACUGAAAAUUCGCCCGUUCCGGAACGCACAUACACAUCGAGCCACCGACAGGGAACUCUUGGGACUGGCGCGUUACGUCGAGGCCAUCUCAAAACUGGAAGAUUUCUCCGGACUCAAUCACAACCGGUGGGAGUCGUACCUCGCCAAGCGCGAUCGUAACGAUGACGCGAACGACCGCGCAUCAUAG